GACGCGAUCGCUUUGGUCACGCUGGCCACGGAAAAACAUACAAAACAACCGCAAGAUCCUUCUUAUAAGCAAUUCGGCUAACGUUAUUGGGAGAUAAUCGUAAUAUAUCGAUCUCGCCAUGAAGUGGAUGUGCUGUGCUAGUGCUGUGAUUACACUCCUGCCCCUUGUACUCCUCCCCCCGCCCACUGCCGCCCAGUUCAAUCAGCGCAGGCAAGUUAGCCAGAGCUGCGUCACCCCGGAUAACUAUUUUGGAAGUUGCGUGGCCCUGACCUACUGUCCCCAGGUGGUGGACAUCUUCCAGACCACCAGCAGGGAUCGGGCCGCGAGCUAUGUGAUCGCCCUGCAGCGCAGCUGUGGCACCCGCAACAUCAACGGGGAUCCGGUGAUCUGCUGCACAGAACCCAGAUAUAACCCGGUUACAGAGGCACCUCCGCCGCAACACCCCGAUAAUCCAUUCCUGUUUCCUACCAUACCGAGCACAACGACUACAAGAACCAAUUCCUUCGUCUUUCCAAACUUCCCGAGAACCACGACUACUACUAAGACAACCACAACGACAACCACUCCAGCUCCCUUUCCGGUUACCACAUCGGGACCCUUAUGCCGAGGACCAGACACCAAGCCUGGACACUGUAUAGAACUCAAGGAGUGUGCAUUGCUAGCCAAGGAGCUGCUGGAGAGACCGGAGGACGAGAUCUACGCCAAAUUCUUGCGUGCCUCCAGAUUGGUUUGUGGCAACAAGGGUUACCAGGUGUGCUGUCCCAAUGGACAGGCGGUCACCACACCAAGUGCCAAUAUCACAUCGGGUUCCAUUAUUCCCAGGAAUACGGACGAAGUGCCUCGUCGGCUGCUCAAUAUGGAGGAUGGGUGUGGCUAUACGAAUGUACCGAAUAAAAAAAUUGUGGGCGGUGUAGUGAGCCACAAGGGGGCGUGGCCCUGGAUCGCACUGCUGGGCUAUAAGAAUACCCUCAAACGGUUCAAGUGCGGAGGAACCCUGAUCACCGCCAGACACGUGGUCACGGCAGCCCACUGCAUCACCACAAAUCUGUCGUUUGUGCGCUUGGGAGAACAUGAUCUGUCUACGGACACCGAGACUCGCCAUGUGGACUUUAAAAUAGCAAAGUACGUGACCCAUCCGGAGUACGAAGUCCGCUUCAAACGCGGUGACUUGGCCAUUAUAUUUUUAGAGCGAAACGUGGAGUUCACCUCCAAGAUCACACCCAUCUGCCUGCCACACACGCCUGAUCUGCGCCACAAAUCCUACUUGCAACACAAUCCCUUCGUCGUAGGAUGGGGAAAGACGAUGGAGGACGGUGAGUCCGCCACCGUGCUGAACGAGCUUCAAAUUCCAAUUCAGGAUAACAGUCUGUGCCGCCAGAGAUAUGCAUAUAGUUUUUAUUCUAAGAACCUACCCGCCAAUAUGUUUGACAGUUCGGUCAUCUGCGCCGGAGAUCUUUCCGGAGGCAAGGAUACGUGCCAGGGCGACUCCGGUGGUCCGCUGAUGAUGCCGGAGUCGUACAAGGACACCUAUCGGUACCAUCUCAUCGGCGUGGUGUCCUACGGCAUCGGGUGUGCUCGGAAAAAUACUCCGGGUGUAUACACCAGCACACAGCACUAUAUGGACUGGAUCAUCCAACAGGUCCAGCAAACACCCUGAGUUGCUAUCACAAAGGCCAGAUCUAACUAAAUUUAUAAAUGAUUUGAGGUGUGAUAUCGAUUUAAAAAUGAUUUGGUUACUAUAACCUAAUAAUUAAAUCAAUCCUAAAAUGAAGCUACUACGCUAAAACAAUUGGAUAUUAAUUGAAUUAAUAAUAAAAUAAAUUAUUAAAAAUGUAUUUAUAUUUU